AUUUUCACCGUAGCGAUCGAUUAAUUAACUUCGAAACAGUAGUUAUGAGCACGUGGAUCAGGUUGAACGUAUUGACCAAGCAGACCCAACAUUUGGAAUUGAUUAGUCGCUAAAGUCGCUCAAGUUAUGUACUUACCUCAGUUGAUUAAACCGAGAAAGGUAGUGAAGUUUGGUGCUGUGAGAGUGGAAUAUUCUUGUGGAAAUAUUUCAAGGAAAUGAAGGCAAGGGUUGUGAAUAGUGCUAAAUAGUAAGAAUUAGGUGCAUCAAUUUAAUCGCAAACUAACUAUCACAAUGCCUGCAACAUGCGAAGAGUUCGAGUUGACCUCCAAACCGCUGCUUAACUUCGUGCCGUCUACUUUGAAGUUUCAGAAUGUGAGCUACUUGGUUGAAGGAAAAGACAUACUGGCGAAUGUUUCAGGAAAGUUCAAACAUGGUCGUUUGGUGGCAUUGAUGGGACCAUCCGGUGCUGGAAAAUCCUCCCUACUGAAUGUCCUAGCCGGAGUGAGUCUUUAUGGGCUAACAGGAUACGUUGCCAUAAAUGACGAACCAGUGGAGGAAAAUGAUCCUCGAAGUGUCUACGUCGAGCAAGAUUGUCCACUGAUCAGUUAUUUAACCGUUCGAGGAACGAUGACGUACGCCGUGGACAUGAAGAUGCCUCGGAGCACACCUAAUAAGGAAAAGAGAAACAAGAUUAAAGAAAUUUUGGAGUUGCUGGGAUUGGACAAAAGUACAGCAACGUUAGUUAAAAAUCUUUCGGGAGGCGAACAAAAGAGACUGUCGGUGGCGGUUGAGUUGAUUAAAAACCCAGCAGUGAUGCUGUUGGAUGAGCCCACCAGUGGGUUGGAUAGUGUGGCAUCAAUGCAGAUCAUAUCUCAUCUCAAAUCGUUGGCAAUGGGAGGGCGAACGAUUGUUUGUACCAUUCAUCAACCGGCAUCAAACCUUUUCCAGUUAUUCGACGACGUAUAUCUGUUAGUUAAGGGGCGCUGUCUUUACUCAGGCUCGGUCGAAGGAAUGAUACCAAAGCUCGAUUCGGCGGGAUUCAGCUGCCCAGAGUAUUACAAUCCGGCUGACUUUGCGAUCGAGGUUCUUACCUCCGAUCGUGCUGAAGAAAAAGAAACACUUAUUGCUCAAACUGUUGAAGAAAUGAGGGAAUUAUUCGACGGAGGCCCUUCCACUCCCACGCUGGAUCGUGGUAACGUGGUCGUGAAGCGAUAUCAAACUCCAUUUUGGUAUCAGUUUAUGGUUUUGUUCAAGAGAUCUGCGAUCUCCAGCACGCGGGAUGAUUUCUUAUUAAAAAUUCGACUAGGGCUGUAUGCAGCAUUAGGGCUAGUGUACGGAAUCGUUCACUAUAAUGUAGGAAACGAUGCUAGUAAGGUGAUAGCCAACGUGGGAUGCUUCUUCCAACUAACCGCCAUAAUUUAUUUCUCAAAUUCAACUGCUGUCAUCAACUAUGCAGAAGAAGCCAACGUAUCGAUCAAGGAGAUCGCCAACAACUGGUACUCUCGAGAAGCGUACUUCUUUUCAAAACUAUUAAGCGAUCUACCGCUGCAAUUGGUUUGUCCAACCGUGAUGCUGCCGUCGCUGUUCUACCUGAGCGACCAACCUUGGGAGCUGGAACGUUUUGUGAUGAUUUGGGCCAUGAUGCUUGUGGGCGGAAUCAUUGGGCAGUGCAUCGGGCUGAUAGCCGGCAUCUGCUUUGAUUCGAAAGCAAGAAAUUUUGUUCUGGCAAACGCUUGUAUCGUUCCGAUUCUAUUUUCAGGAUUUCUAAUUAACGCCAAAGAUUUGGUACCAUAUUUGAAGCCGUUCAGCGAUGUGUCCUUCUUUCGGUAUCAGUUUCAUGGAAUAAUGCAAGCGUUGUAUGGUUUCGAUCGGGAAAAGCUCAACUGUACGCAAAUCUAUUGCUACUACAAAAAACCGGCCAGUAUUCUAGAGCAGUUCGAUAUCCAACCGGACGGAUUUUGGGAGAAUUUGACAAUUCUGGUGAUUAUGAUUGUGAUUUUUCAAAUAAUUAUCUAUGUAGCUUUUGUCAUUAGAUUGAGAAGGACAAAGUGAUAAUUGCGGUGCUACAAUUUUCGUAACAU